CUCCGCCCCCUUCCCUCCAGUGCUGCAGCCGCGCAGCGCUUGGGCAGAAUGGCGGCUCUUUUGGAAUCGCUUCUCCUGAAGAAAGUGGACGUUAAUAAGGCCUUGGACUGGCUGAGGAAUGUCGAGAAGGGCGACACGCUGUCACUCAGUGAACCCAAGGUGACAGUCCAGAAACAAGAAUUCGUCCCUUUCCUUUUGAACUUCCUGAGAGAGCAGAGCAGCCAAGCCCUCACCAAUGGCCCUGCCACGCCUGCCAAGACCCCCAGCCGCCCCAGGCCUCCCACUCAGUCUCAGGGCUUCUUCACUGAGCGGAGGGGUUGCAGGUCUGCUGGAGGUGGAGCCGGUUCUCGGAGCACCAGCCGGGUCCAGCUGUUCUCCCCUGCUCCGUCUGUGUCCCCCGGAGCGGAAUGGGAUCCUGCCGGCCAUUCUGGGUCCCAGUGCCUGAGUGGUGUUAGUGCCUUUAGCAGCCCCUCUUUCACUUCGGCAUGGAGCCCUGCCUCGAGGCCCUCAGGCUCAGAGCGGCGUCCCCCCCAGAGACUCAGUCUGGGGGACUACAUGGUUUCCCCUCCAGAGCCCCAGCACAGCCCCAGCCUGCAGUCGCAGAAAGGCCGCAAGAGGAGUGGAGGCAGCAUGGGUAUAGGGGGACAGGGCAGGCACGGAGGAGGGCGUGGGGGACACCAUAAUGAGGAGACUGGACGGUGGGAAGGUGGGGGGAGGAGAUCAGGUAGAGGAGGAGGGGGGUACAAUAAGAUGAGCGAACAGGUUUCACCUCCAACUGUCAGCCAGCUGAACUUCAACAACCUGGAGGACUUCCCUCCUGUUGGGUCGUCACCUAUUUCACCUGCAACGGCCAAACCAUCCAGAAGAAUAAACCCGACACCGGUCAGCGCCGAGCGGCCACAUUCAAAACCAAAGACCUGUUUCACCUCCACCCCAUUCAGCAAGCCCUCUAGUCCCCCAGUAGGAGCAGAGGCCCUAGGGGGGUCACUGAUAACGGGCAGUCCCUUAAGCCUGCAGGAAGAGAGGGAGCUGCUGAAGAGGGAGAAGACUAAGCGUGCCCAGCAGGUCUGCUCUCCUCUGUCGUCCUCUCUGGAGCCGUGCACCCCAACCAAAUCGGGGCUGAGAACGACUUCUAAGGUUACACCAGACAUACAGACUGUCUGUCCUGAGCCCUCCAAAGUCACCUUGGCCUCCGAACUGGAUCUCCUGGCUGAGCUGUACUGCACCUGCAUUUCUGAAAACCUGGUGCCAAACAUUUUCCUGGAGCUUUUCUUUGUCAUGCAGUUGCUGACAUCUUGGUCCCCUCCCACUUCCGAGAAAGAGGAAAGUCUGUGUGUGGUGAAUCCAGAUGUUCUGGAGAGAGGUUACCUCCGACCCGUACACAACUGUGUACAUUUUGCAGUGAGGGUGCUGGAGAAUCAGUUUCAGUUGAUCGCUCAUUUGGACAAGUGUACCUUGCGUCUGCUGGCAGAGAAUGAAAGGGUGGCCUUGUUCUCUCCGGCUCUUAGGGAGCGCCUGACUCAGGCCCAGGACACCAGCACAGCCAAGCUGUCUCCUUCAGUUUCCACAUUCAUCCACUCAGUCCCCUUCCAGCCCGCUACUGACAAUCGGUCCAACUUCAGCAGUGACAAGGCCUUCCACACUUUCAAAAAACAGAGAGAUAUUUUUUACGAAGCGCUGCGAGAAUGGGAGGACUUUCACAAGGAACCUGGGUGGAACUUUGAGGCUGUGCUGGGUAAUAGGAUCAGAGCAAUGGUGAGUCAGCUGAACUCUGCAGGGAACCAUUCCCAUUUUGCCCGCCUGUUCCUGAAGCAGCUUGUUCAGAUGUGUAAAGGCCCCCGUGUGAACAGCUCUCCUGGUGACACCCCUGAUGCUGACCUGCUCGGCAUGCUGGGAGCAGACAGCCUGGGCCGUCUGAAACGUCUAGAGGAACGUCUCAUUCAGCCUCACGGUAUCGUUGGCCCCUGCCCCCCUCCAUCUUUCCCAGGACACCAGGAGUUCUUCAGGGACUUCCUGCAAAUUGCCAGCUGCUGCCAGCUGAACCAGCACCUGAAGGACAGCCUGUGUCAGCAGCUCCUGCAGCUGGAUGAGGUGUCCAUCCUGAGUCCUGCUGCUGCCAUCGGGGAGGGAGAGGUGGAGGGAGACGGGGACAUGGAGCAGCAGGAUGAGAAGCAGAGGUUCGCCUCCGUGCUGCUGCUGGCUCGUCUCCUGGCCAAGUUUCUGGGAUUCAUUGCCUUCAUGCCUUACCAAACGUCUGAGAGGCCAUCCAGGGAGAUACAGGAGGCUGCCGUAGCCCUUCGCAGCAAGAGCGCUCCAGUGCUGGACGUGUGUGCUGUUCUGAGUAGCUGUGUGCGGAGGAGGCGCACCGUGCUGACUGUGCCCUGGCUGGUGGAGUUUCUCUCCAUGCUGGACUUCACUGGUCCUCUGCUGCUGUGCUACAGGACCGCACUGGGCACGCUGCUCCUCCUCUACAGGGGAAUGCUGCUGGGCCGAUGUGGAGAAAUGUGUAACCUGAAUAAGGUGCUCAUGGUGGCUGUAUUGGGUUGGCUUUUUCAGAUCCCAGUUAUUCCUGAAGACAUGUUCUUCAUCAGUGACUUCACUGAGGUGGCUCACCUGGAGGACGGCAGCACAAGUUCUCAGGGACUUGACUCCAUUCCCCUGGUGGAUCAGCAGCUUCUCUAUACAUGCUGUCCUUUUCUGGGUGAGUUCCGUAAGCUCCUAGCUGCAUUUGUGUCUGGAAGCACAGCAAAGAGUGGAGGAAUUAUCCGCAAAAUCACCCCCACCUCUGCUGAGAUCAGGGACACGCCGACCGCUAACAGGUCCCAGCAGAAACUACAGGUGGACCUGGAGCAAGCCUUCUUCCACAACCAGCCGCCGUCUUUGCGUCGCACUGUGGAGUUUGUUGCUGAGAGGGUUGGAUCCAACUGUGUCAAGCAUAUGAAGGCUACACUGGUGAGCGAGUUGGUGGAGAGAGGGGAGAAGAUGCUAAGAGACGGACUGGAGUUGCCAAAGUCCAGUCCUCCAAAACUCAACGACUCCAUCUGCGCUCAGCUGUGUGACGCAGGCAUGGAGGCUCUGGCAAGAGCCACCAGAUUUUGCAGUGAAAAGAGUCCUGAAGCCAUAAGAAUGCUGCUUCCUGAGGAGACCUCCCCCGCUGUCCUGACCACAUCUGAAAACAUCACUAAACGUCUGGCGACAGAGAAAGCCUGCAGCUGGCUCUCUGCCAACAUCACAGCGCUAAUAAAGCGGGAGUGGAAGAGCAGGUUUGACCGUGUGAUGAGGGCCCUGGCUAGCCCAGUGUCGCCAGUCUUGGGGGAUGUGGAGGGCGUCGGAGAUGAGUUGGCAACUCAGGAGCAGCCCGUCACCCCAAAGCGAAAACAGGAAUGUCAGAAAGUGACCACCUGCCCUGCAGACUGCAGACACACUGCCCCACUGCCCUCCGACAUCCUCAUUGAGAUUAAGGAGGUGUUGAGCAUCGCAGUCGGCCCCAGGACUGACGAGGAGCUGCCAACAGACUCUCAGCUCAGCGCUUUGCUGGAGAGAGUGGGAGAAACACUGGUUUGCAGAAAGUUCUUAACCCCAGUGUCAGAACAGAUGUUGCUGCGGUCCACCGUUUUACUGGCCUGCAAACUGGUGUCUGCAGAGCUGCCAGCGCUGUGUGUCCAGGACUGCAGCAGAGAUGGGGGAGGUGGCGGGGUCGCUGAGGAUCCUGGUUCAGGGUCUGAGCCUCCUAUCAGAGCAGUGCUAAAGCAGUUUGCAGAUCUGUGGGAAAGAGACUGCUGUUGGUCUGUACCCCUCCACCUGCUCUUCACUCCUCUCAGUGUCGCCGCCGUGCUGAAGGCCAGCGAUGCCGAGUGGAACAACUACCUGUUCCUGGUAAGACAGCUGGUCGACAGAGGGCUCUUGGCAGAGGAAGAGGUGAUAUCUCAUUGGAAGAGGCUGUCAAAUCUGGCCCUGCCGGCGGAGCUGAUUGAAAAGUUUCAGCUGCAAUCACAGGCUGUCAACCCCUCCCUGCAUCUGCCUGAGCUACAGAGGCACAUGGACAUGCUGCAGGUCUCACACCAGACAGUAGAGGGAGCUACCUGACCAAACGAAUGAUAUCCAAGAUCCAUUGGCAUCUUUUGACUGAUCACCACAGUGUUUUAUACCAUAGCCAAGAGUGUGCUGAUCAAAGCAGAGACAGAUCAGGGUGACCUACUGUUGCAGAUCAUUCUUUUAAUGGAUAUUUUUGCACAGCUGUUCCAUAAUUUACCACAUAUCAGGCUCUGUAAGCUUCACAGUUUUGUUCUGCACCUGUUAUGUGACAGACGCUCUUCACAAAACCCUCUGCUCUUUUGUAAAAGUGCAAGUGGGAGCCAGACAGUCCUGCCAGUCAGGAUUAGUAGCCAGGGACACACGGAUGACCACACAGUCUUAACUACCUAGAUUUUGAUCUUUUGCAUUUCUUGGCUCAAACUAAAUGAACUUAAGUGUCACAUCAAGAUUUAGGCUCAUUAUAACAUACAUGAAAUAUAUUGGUAUAGUUGACACGUGGGGACCCAUCAGACAAGCCAUAGUUGAAGAGACAGUGCUCUAAAAAUAAUAUGAAAUAUGUGCCGUUUAGUUUUGAGAAAUAUGUCUUUACUUUAUGUGGCACUUUACACACACUGCCUUUGACCGCCACCACUAGUGACCGACUGCAUGUUUAUCUCAUGAAUGCAAGAAUGCAUUUGUAAUACUUUCAGUUCAUGUUGAACGUGCUAUACUCUCUGCUGCUUUUAAAAAUCAAAUGUUUUUAUGUUGUCACAAAGUGAAAUUAUGAUAAUAAAGAUGUGUUCUUGCAAAAGCUUA